GUAUGACACAGAAUUAACAUAGAUCAAUAUAAAACACACAGGUCAAAACACCCUCGGCUCUUAUAUAAACUCAAUAUAACUCGACGAAAUCAAUCUUCUUCGUACCUAUCUAAGGGAAAACGCUGAAAAAAGACAUGCAUGGGGCUUCAGUGCUAACAUCAUAUUUCCUGUGCAUUGUACUUAUUUUUGCAGAAGAUCUCUCAUUAUCAAACCACAUCGAUGGGAAUGCCAUAUCUAAAGUCAAGAAGAUAAAUCCAUUAGAUUACACGCAUCCUGUUGGCAGAAAUGAAGGUGUUUUCAAACCCCUGUAUGAGGAAUUAAAAGACAAGGGAAUAGAAAAAAUAAAUUCUGUUGAUUUUAAACGUCCUAUUGGUAAAAAGAAUAGUCAGAAAGGGGAAGUAAGAACGGCGCUCAGUAAAACAGAAUAUAAGGGAGAUAAAGCUGGUCUCCCUGGCAACCUCAGUCUAAAGCCAUUCAAAUUACGAAAUGAGGGAUUGGAUGUACCAAGCACGAGCGAAGUUGGGAAAACCUACGAUCCGCCAAUAUCAGACUUAACAAGACGUAAACUUGGCUUAAAUGUCCUCGGUAUCAACAGUAAACCGAGGAGGAACAAGCAAAACGGACGGCGUUCGAGGAAAAACAGGAGGAGAGGUUUACUAGGGAUCAAAAGGAAACUGCACAGGAGGCUUCGGAGGAAAAAGCUUCAAAGUAGAGCAAAAAAUAUUCGGAGGAAGAAUAAAUGGCGGACAGGGCGGAAACUGAAGCGGAAACAUGGACAUUUGAGUAGAAAACAUGUAGAAUUAAAGAGAAAACAUAGACGGUUAAGGAGAAAACAUAGAAAAUUGCAACAGAGACUAAGGAAUCUGGACAGUAAAAACAAAGAUCCUAAAAUUAACAACCCGAUCUUAUAAAGAUUAUAAAAAUUUGACUAAACGUUUGUAUAUUUGCAAUGAUGUGAUAUCGUUUCUAUACUAUUAAAUAUUUAAAAGUAUUACUUUA